AUGUCUAGAAAACCGUAUCCCACCCCAUUGGUUGUCCAGCCACUGAGUGGAGAGCACACACAUACUAUCAUCUCGCUUCAUGGAAGAGGCAGUAACGCUGAGCGUUUUGGUCGUGAGCUCCUUGUGUCGGCAAACCUACAAGGCCGACUUCCUACAGUAAAAUUUGUCUUUCCCACUGCCCGCAAGCGGCGGUCAACUAUACUCAAGAAGAUCCCAAUUCAUCAGUGGUACGAUAACUACUCCCUUGAAGACCCUGGACAAAGAACCGACCUUCAGGUGGAUGGGCUCUCUCAGACUGCUGAGUUCAUUCGCGGCUUAGUCACCGAAGAGGUACGGAUUUUAGGCGAGGCGAAUCAUUCAAAGAUUAUCCUAUGGGGGCUGAGUCAAGGCUGUGCUGCGGGUAUCUUCGCGCUUUUAGGUGGCUGGCCCGACACUAGUGAAGGAAAUACACUCGGGGCAUUUAUUGGGAUGAGUGGAUGGCUGCCAUUUGAGCAGCAACUAUGCGAGAUUAUCCGAUCCGACAUCAACCUAGUAUUGGCGGAAGACAAUUAUCAGGAGAUGCAAUCGGAAGACGACUCAUCCGAGGAAUGUGAAAGUGAUGAAGAGUUAGAAGCAGAUGUAUAUUCCGAACAAGACUUCAGCGACAAUCCAUUGGACGAGAGCAGCCCGGUACACGAUGACUCCAAUCCCUUCAAGGGGCUCAAGGAAGACAGCCCACUGUGUGGUGACUUCAAUCCAUUCGAGGAGGACGAGGAAGAAGCUCCGUUGGUCAUCCAGGCUAUCAACCACGUUCGUGACAUCCUUGCUCUUCCUAUGAUUCCAAACAAUACUCAGUCAUCGGAAGACGGUGAUUCAACAAGUUUGUGUCACCUCCACACUCCUGUCUUUCUGGGCCACGGCGCACAAGAUCCUAAAGUCUCUGCGCGUUUUGGUGAAAAGAUGUCUCGUAUGCUGUCAGAUAGUCUAGGAAUGGAUGUGACAUGGAAGGAAUAUCAAGGGCUAGGGCAUUGGUACCGUGUUGAGGACGAGAUUGAAGAUAUUUUGGGCUUUCUUCGGGAUCGUGUCAACCUACCAGUGAUACCAGAGUCACCCCUAGAGAAACAGAAAGGACAGGAGAAGCAAUUAUGA